GAGAGGGGGGUGGAGGAAUUCGAGGAAUGCGCCCGAGUCCAAUGGCUGCGGCCACCCCCUCAACCGCCUCAACCACCACCACCACCUCGAGGCCGCCUUUGUCUCUCCUCACCAGCACCACCUCCAGGCCGUCUUUGUCUCUCCCCACCAGCACCACCUCGAGGCCGUCUUUGUCUCUCCCCACGUCCCCUUCGCAUCUCCCCGCGGCGCUAUGAACGAUCCCCUCAGGCGAACUUUGGCGCGCCUGAGAAAAGUUCGACGCAAAGAUUCUCCUCCUCCUCCUCCUCCAGCUGCUGCUGCACGACCACCACCACCCUCAGCAGCAGCAGCAGGAGCAGCUGCCGCGCCUGGAGAUCGUCACGAACGAGGAGAGGGCAGCGGAGGCGAUGCCGCCGCUGGAACGCCGCCGGACGCCACUAGGCCCCGAGCUCACACUCGGGCCCCCGGGGCUUGCCUGGAUCCCGCCGCCGAGCGCUGUCACUCGGCGGCGGCGGCGUCGGCGGCGGGCGAUGCCUCCGCUGGAACGCCGCCGGACGCCACUAGGCCCCGAGCUCACACUCGGGCCCCCGGGGCUUGCCUGGAUCCCGCCGCCGAGCGCGCUCGCUCGGGGGCGGCGGCGGCGGGCGGUGCCGCCGCUGGAACGCCGCGGGACGCCACUAGGCCCCGGGCUCACACUCGGGCCCCCCGCGCUUGCCUGGAUUCCGCGGGCGGUGGCGGCUCGCGGGUGGGCGCGGAAUCGCCGCGAGGUGGAGAUUGGAAUGGCGAGAACCCCGCGAUGACAGCGGCUUUGGCGGCGGCGGCGACGACGACGACCGCGGACGAGGCGGACGACGUGGACGAGGAGGACGAGACGGAGGAGGAGGAGGAGGAGGAGGAGGAGGCGACGUCACUUCGCGGCGGCGGCUGUGGCGGCGGCCUCCCUCCGGCCUCGCCCUGCGGGGUCUCCACGCCGCCCGUACCAUCGCCGGGCGCCAGCCGCUGCCUCCACUGGCAGCUGGAGGAGGCCUUCAACUUCCUGCUCGCUUCGUCCGACAUCGGCGGGUUCGCCCGCGGCGGCGGCGGCGGCAGCGGCCGUGGUUGUGGCGCUAGCGGCGGUGGAGGUGGUUGUGGUAGGCACACAGAGGGCCCCAGCGCGGAGCUGGAGGCCCGGACUAUUAACAUUGGCCCCAGCGCGGAGCUGGGGAACCGGGCCGUCAACGUGGGCCCCAGCGCGGAGCUGGAGGCCCGAACUAUUGACAAGGGCCCCAGCGCGGAGCUGGGGACGCGGGCCGUCAACGUGGGCCCCAGCGCGGAGCGAGCGGCGUCUGGCCCCAGCGCGGAGCUGGGGCCGCGGGUCGUCAACGUGGGCCCCAGCUCGGAGCGAGCGGCGUCUGGCCCCAGCGCGGAGCUGGGGGUGCGGGUCAUCAACGUGGGCCCCAGCUCGGAGCUCGCUGCUCAGCCCGGAGGUGAGUGA